CAAUGGCUUCCUUUUAUAGCUCAAGCACCCUGGUGUGCCUGACUCUUGUUCUUCUCUUCGGUGUUCAGUUCACCCUCGGAGGCAUCACAUGCGAGAGCCUGGCAAGAAACACCUGUGCCUUUGCCGUGUCGUCGUCCGGCAUGCGUUGCGUGCUCGAGAACCGGGUGCGGAGGGGAGGGCAGGAGGAGUUCUCCUGCCGCACAUCCGACAUCGAGGCUGAGAACCUCAAGGACUGGGUGGAGACCGACGAGUGCAUCAAAGCCUGUGGACUCACCCGGAGCACCGUGGGGAUCUCAUCGGACUCUCUGUUAGAUCCUCGUUUUGCUCAGAAGCUGUGCUCACCUCCAUGCUACCAGGAGUGCCCCAACAUUGUAUGUUCCUUCCAAAGUUAUGUCAGGCAUAAUCGAAUGCUCGCCGAGGCAUGGAAGAGAUCAAGAGCUCCAGUGCAGCAGCGGCAGGGCCUGCAUCAGGGUCGGCAGCGGUGGCCUGUGCCCCAGGGCAGUCUGAGAUGGGUUUCGUUUCCGGCGCAGCCAUGGCGCCUCUCUGAUGUGCUCGAUAUGAGAGCAAUUGGAUUGUUUCUCAUGUAUUCUGUGGCCACAAGCCAGUGCAAGGAAGGUUGCUAUGAGAGUAUGAAAGCAUGUAUUUGA